AUACCCAUGUGAGGGAGAAAUAACAUUGGCUAAAAUACCAGCACCUAUUUGCCUUCUCCCCUGCCUGAACUCCCCUGUUUACAUCCCAUUCUCCCCCAGCCAUGCUCACCAAUCCGGCACUUUGAAGACCUUCAUCCCACAUUUUCUCAUGAUUUUGUUAGGAUUCACCUGUGGAUUGCAUGGGGACAACAAAAAGGAAUAUCAUUUCCUGAGUGUGAUUUAACAUCAACUGGGUGAAAGUCCAAAUAAGAUUACACAAGCAAAAUCAAAGGACAAUCGGAACUGAAAACAGAACUACACAAUGGCUCAGGCAACUAAAGGUGCAGAAAUAAAGCCCAUCCCUCCCACCGCUGCAGAUGCUCCUGCAAGGCCAGUGCCUCCAGACUCUCUCACAGCCAGAAGCCAUGGAUUUUUAAGAGUCUUGAAUCGUCCUGCACAAUGGCUGGUCAUCAUCACACUUCUGGUCUCAUGGUCAUUAGCUGGUGUUGUCAUGUUUGACUUUGUGAGUGACGAUCAGCUUGCAACCAUCCAGGAUUUUGCCUCAGAUCCAAUGUUAGCAGUGGACAAGGCCAGUGAAGGCAUAUACAACGGGAUAAACCAUGUGAACAAUAUCUUUACUAAUACUCACGAGACCAUCACUGAAGUGAUCUUUAAUCCGAUGGAUGCUGUUAAUUUAGCAGUGGCUUCUUUGUCAGGAUUAUUUAUUGCUGGUGAGGAUGCAGGGAUCACUGAAACAGUGAAACGUGGUGGUGUAGUAUUAGAUGACAUCACAGAAUGGAUUAGAUCCCCAGUGGGCAACUUAUUCCACCUCUUUGAAGAUAUCCUGGAUACUGUGAUCAUUAAUCCAGCGGAAAUGGCCAGCGAAGCAGUUGUGCAAAUUUUAAGAUGGCUCAAGACCAUUUUAAUAUAUAUUUCAACCAUACUUGGGGGAAUUAAAGAUUGGAUCCCCAAUAUGAGCACUAAUCCAAUGGAAUUGGCCAGCAAUUUUGUUGAGGAGGCUACAGACCUAAAGAACUCUGUCUCUAACUACCUAACCAACCUGUUUACAGGCAAAGAAGGUGGUAUUCCUGACAUUAGAUUUGAUCCCAUGAAAGUCGUCACAGAUACUGUUGAGGAAUUUACUGACAGGAGGGACAUGUUCUUGGCCUAUCUCUCAAAUAUGCUCAUGAAGGACAAAGAUUACACACCACAAGUGAUAAGAAGAAAAGGAGAAUUCCUGCCCCCUAUGGAAAAAGUUCUUGAACAUGUGAAAGAGGCCAAAGAGAAAAAAGCUAGAGAGGAGAUUUUCAAAAUCAUUCAAGACAUGAGAGGUAAGAAGGACGAAAGAGAAGAGGACGAAAUAACACUACAAAAAAUAAAUAUUACAGUACAAAAAGCAAGGAAAAAAGAAAAGGCUGAACCCAACAAAAUGAUGAUAGAAAAAGUUCAAAGAAAAGAGAAACCCAAAGAGGAUAAGACUCCAGAACCAACAGAAAAGCACACGAGGGAAAAGCCUAAUAAAAAGCUCAAGGUGACUAAAGUGGAUGAAGAACUCCCUCUAAAAAAGAAGAAACCUGAAGUGAAAUCUGGAGAAAAACCAUCAAAACCUAAAAGAACUGUAGAAGCUGAAGACCAUAAAAAACCUCCUUCUAAAAAGAAAACGCAAGGUGUUCAGAAAGCUGAAGCUGAGAAAAAGGUUACACCUGCAAAGAAAGAAGUUGAAUCUGUGAAAGAAAACAUUAAACCUGAGGACAUUCCUAAAGAUAUUGAGAUUGACAAGAAGAAAGCAAAAGCUGUUCUCUUAAAGAGAGAAGCUGAAGUGGCUAAAGAAGAGACUAAACCAGCACCAUCUAAAAAAGAGGUUAAGGUUGCUAAAGAAAAAGCUAAAGAAGCCCCUGUGCUGAAAGAGCGUGAAGUUCCAAAAGAAAAAGUCAAACCAGCUCGUUCAAAGAAAGAGACUGAAGUUGUCAAGGAAAAACUUAAACCCCUUCCUGCUAAGAAAGAAGCUGAAAAGAUCAAGGAAGAAAAGGCUAAACCAACUCCACCAGAAACAGUUGCUGAGGCUGUAAAAGAAAAGGCUGAACCUGCAGUUGUGAAAAAGAAAGAACCUGAGGUUACUAUAGAGAAGGUCAAGCCUGCACCUUCCAAGAAAGAAGGUGAAGUUGCCAAAGAAAAAGCUAAAACUGUGAAGAAAGAAGCUAAAGGUACUCAGGAGAAGGUAAAACCAGCUCCCUUAAAGAAAGAUGGUGAAAAAAUUAAAGAGAAAACAAAGCCAUCACCAGAUAAGAAAGAGGAUGAAGCCCACAAGGAGAAAGAUAAGCCAGCCCCUGUGAAAAAAGAGCUUGAAGAGAAACCAAAAACAGCUCCUGUGAAAAAAGAGCCUGAAGUUGCAACAGAAAAAGUUAAACCAGUACCUUCAAAGAAAGAUACUGGAGAUACUAAGGAGAAAGUGAAACCAGCCUCAGCUAUGAAAGAGCCUGAGGUUUCCAAAGAAAAGUCCAAGCCAGAACCCUUGAAGAAAGAGGCUGAAGCUGUUGAAAAGGAGGCAAAACCAGCUCUAGCCAAAAAAGAGGCCAAGGUUGCCAAAGAGCCAGCUAAACCUGUGGUCGUAGAAAAAGUGGAUGAAGUCGUCCAAAAGAAGGAAAAAAUAACUCCUGUAAAGAAAGAGCCUGAAAUGAUCAAAGAGAAGGAGAAACCUUCAAAGAAAGAAGCAGAAGCUGUGCAAGAAAAGCCCAAACCUGCAUCUGUAAAGAAAGAACCUGAAAUGACAAAAGAGAAGGCAAAACCUGUACCUUCAAAAAAAGAGGCAGAAGUUAAGGAGAAAGUUCAGCCUGUUGCUGUGAAAAAAGAACCUGCUGUUGCAGUAGAAAAGGCAAAACCAAAACCUUCUCCAAAGAAAGAGCCUGAAGUUACCAAAGAGAAAGAGAAACAAACACCUCCAAAGAAAGAGCCUGAGAUAGCCAAAGAAAAAACCAAGCCACCAAAGAAAGAGAUUGAAGUCAUGAAAGAGAAAUCUAAACCAGCCCCUGAGAAGAAAGAGGCUGACGUGAUUAAGGAGAAGGCUAAACCAGCUCCUGUAAAGAAAGAGGCUGGAGUUGUUAAGGAAAAAGCCAUAGCUACUGAGAAGAAAGAGGCUGAAGUCAUCAAGGAGAAAGCCAAACCAGCUCCUGUAAAGAAAGAGCCUGAAGUCACCAAAGAAAAAGCUGAAUCAGCCCCUCUGAAAGAUGAGGUUCCAAAGGAAAAGACAAAACCAGUCCCUAAAAAGGAAGAACCUGAAAUAACCAAAGAGAAACCAAAGCCAGCACCAAAGAAAGAGGCUGAACCUGUCAAAGAGAAAGCCAAACCAGCCCCUAAGAAGAAAGAGGCUGAAGUCAUCAAGGAGGAAGUUAAACCUGCUCCUGAGAAAAAAGCUGAAGUCAUCAAGGAGAAAGCUAAACCAGCUCCUGUAGAGAAAGAGCCUGAACUUGCUAAAGAAAAGGCACCUGAACCAACACCAGAAGGAGAGCCUGAAGUUGUCAAGGAGAAAGCUAAACCAGCCCCUAAGACGAAAGAGGCUGAAGUCAUCAAGGAGAAAGUUAAACCAGCUCCUGUAAAGAAAGAGCCUGAGGUUGCUAAAGAAAAGACACCUGAACCAACACCAGAACCUGCAAUGAAAGUUGUAGCUCCAAAGGCAAAAUUAGUCCCUGACAAAGAAGCACCUGAAGUAACCAAAGAAAAGCCCAAGCCAGCACCAAAGAAAGAGGCAGAAGUCGUUAAGGAGAAUGCUAAACCAGCCCCUAAGAUGAAAGAGGCUGAAGUCAUCAAGGAGAAAGUUAAACCAGCUCCUGUAAAGGAAGAGCCUGAGGUUGCUAAAGAAAAGACACCUGAACCAACACCAGAACCGGAAAUGAAAGUUGUAGCUCCAAAGAAGGCAAAACCAGUCCCUGACAAAGAUGCACCUGAGGUAACCAAAGAAAAGCCCAAGCCAGAACCAAAGAAAGAGGCAGAAGUCAUUAAGGAGAAAGCUAAACCUGCCCCUAAGUUGAAAGAUGCUGAAGUCAUCAAGGAGAAAGUUAAACCAGCUCUUGUAAAGAAAGAGCCUGAGGUUGCUAAAGAAAAGACACCUGAACCAACACCAGAACCUGCAGUGAAAGUUGUAGCUCCAAAGGCAAAAUUAGUCCCUGACAAAGAAGCACCUGAGGUAACCAAAGAAAAGCCCAAGCCAGCACCAAAGAAAGAGGCAGAAGUCGUUAAGGAGAAAGCUAAACCAGCCCUUAAGAUGAAAGAGGCUGAAGUCAUCAAGGAGGAAGUUAAACCAGCUCCUGUAAAGAAAGAGCCUGAGGUUGCUAAAGAAAAGACACCUGAACCAACACCAGAACCUGCAAUGAAAGUUGUAGCUCCAAAGAAGGCAAAACCAGUCCCUGAUAAAGAAGCACCUGAGGUAACCAAAGAAAAGCCCAAGCCAGCACCAAAGAAAGAGGCAGAAUUCGUUAAGGAGAAAGCUAAACCAGCCCCUAAGAUGAAAGAUGCUGAAGUCAUCAAGGAGAAAGUUAAACCAGCUCCUGUAAAGAAAGAGCCUGAGGUUGCUAAAGAAAAGACACCUGAACCAACACCAGAGCCUGCAAUGAAAGUUGUAGCUCCAAAGAAGGCAAAAUUAGUCCCUGACAAAGAAGCACCUGAGGUAACCAAAGAAAAGCCCAAGCCAGCACCGAAGAAAGAGGCAGAAGUCAUUAAGGAGAAAGCUAAACCUGCCCCUAAGAUGAAAGAUGCUGAAGUCAUCAAGGAGAAAGUUAAACCAGCUCCUGUAAAGAAAGAGCCUGAGGUUGCUAAAGAAAAGACACCUGAACCAACACCAGAACAUGCAAUGAAAGUUGUAGCUCCAAAGAAGGCAAAACCAGUCCCUGACAAAGAAGCACCUGAGGUAACCAAAGAAAAGCCCAAGCCAGCACCAAAGAAAGAGGCAGAAGUCGUUAAGGAGAAAGCUAAACCAGCUGCUGUAAAGAAAGAGCCUGAGGUUGCUAAAGAAAAGACACCUGAACCAACACCAGAACAUGCAAUGAAAGUUGUAGCUCCAAAGAAGGCAAAACCAGUCCCUGACAAAGAAGCACCUGAGGUAACCAAAGAAAAGCCCAAGCCAGCACCAAAGAAAGAGGCAGAAGUCGUUAAGGAGAAAGCUAAACCAGCUGCUGUAAAGAGAGAGCCUGAGGUUGCUAAAGAAAAGACACCUGAACCAACACCAGAACAUGCAAUGAAAGUUGUAGCUCCAAAGAAGGCAAAACCAGUCCCUGACAAAGAAGAACCUGAGGUAGCCAAAGAAAAGCCCAAGCCAGCACCAAAGAAAGAGGCAGAAGUCAUUAAGGAGAAAGCUAAACUUGCCCCUGAGAUGAAAGAGGCUGAAGUCAUCAAGGAGAAAGCUAAACCAGCUCCUGUAAAGAAAGUGCCUGAAGUUGCAAAAGAAAAAGCACCUAAGCCAACACCAGAACCCUCAAAGAAAGUUGAGGUUUCAAAGGAAAAGGCAAAACCAGUCCCUGAAAAGGAAGCACCUGAGAUAACAAAAGAAAAGCCAAAGCCAGCACAAGAGAAAGAGGCUGAAGUCAUUAAGGAAAAGGCUAAACCAGCCCCUGAGAAGAAAGGGACUGAAGUCAUCAAGGAGAAAGCUAAACCAGCUCCUGUAAAGAAAGAGGCUGAAGCAAUUAAGGAGAAAGUUAAACCAGCCCCUGAGAAGAAAGAGGCUGUAGUCAUUAAAGAGAAAGUUAAACCAGUUCCUGUAAAGAAAGAACCUGAAGUCAUCAAAGUGAAAGCAAAACCAGCCCCUGAGAAGAAAGAGGCUGAAGUCAUCAAGGAGAAAGUUAAACCAGCUCCUGUAAUGAAAGAACCUGAGAUAACCAAAGAAAAGGCCAAGCCAGCACCAAAGAAAGAGGCUGAAGUCAUCAAAGAGAAAGUGAAACCAGCCCCUGAGAAGAAAGAUGCUGAAGUCAUCAAAGAGAAAGCUAAACCAACUCCUGUAAAGAAAGAGCCUGAAGUUGCUAAAGAAAAGGCACCUGAACCAACACCAAAACCUGCAAAGAAAGUUGAGGUUCCAAAGGAAAAGGCAAAACCAGUUCCUAAAGAGAAAGAACCUGUGCUAACUAAAGAAAAGCUGAAGCCAGCACCAAAGAAAGAGGUUGAAGUCCUCAAGGAGGAAAUUAAACUAGCCCCUGUAAAGAAAGAGGCUGAAGUCAAGGAGAAAGCUAAACCAGCUCCUGUAAAGAAAGAAGCUGAAAUCGUCAAAGAGAAAUCAAAACCAGCCCCUAAAAAGAAAGAGGCUGAUGUCAUCCAGGAGAAAGCUAAACUAGCUCCUGAAAAGAAAGGGCUUAAAGUUGCCAAAGAAAAGGCACAUGAACCUACACCAGAACCUACAAAGAAAGAGGAUGAUGUUGUCAAAGAGAAAGCAAAACCACCCCCUAAGAAAAAAGAGGCUGAAGUCAUCAAGAAGAAAGCUAAACCAGGCCCUGAGAAGAAAGAAGCUGAAGUCAUCAAGGAGAUAGCUAAACCAGCUCCUGUAAAGAAAGAGCCUGAAGUUGUCAAAGAGAAAGCUAAACCAGCCCCUAAGACAAAAGAGGCUGAAGUCAUCAAGGAGAAGGUUAAACCAGCUCCUGUAAAGAAAGAGCCUGAAGUUACAAAAGAAAAAGCACCUGAACCAACACCAGAACCUGCAAAGGAAGUUGAGGUUCCAAAGGAAAUGGCAAAACCAGUCCCUGAAGAAGAGGAACCUGAAAUAACCAAGGAAAAGCCAAAGCCAGCAGCAAAGAAAGAAGCUAUCAAAGUCAUCAAAGAAAAACCUAAACAAGCCCCCCUGAAGGAAGAGGCUGAAGUCAUCAAAGAGAAAGCUGAACCAGCCCCUAAGAAGAAAGAGGCUGAAGUCUUAAAGGAGAAGGUUAAACCAGCUCCUGUAAAGAAAGAGCCUGAAGUAGUUGUGCCAACUCUACAAAGAGGUGAUGUUGCACCCAUCGGUCUGGAUGUGGAGCUCCUGAACUCCAUUAACCAAAAACUGUCUCUUCUGGAUCUCCUGAGGAAGGACAUUGGUGAAAUGAGAAGUGACCUGGAGUCCACACAAAAUCAGAUUACUCUUUUAAGGAUGGACAACCGAACAAUCAAAGAGCCUGACACUGUCAGCAUGAAAUUAAAGCCAACUGUCUCCAAGGAAAAAGCAAAAACAGCCAACAAAGAACAUGAUGCUCUGAAGAACAUUACCAAGACAGCAUCUAUUAAGACAGAACGUGACGCCCUGAAAAACAUCACUAAACAAGCAAUUGCAAAGAAAGAAAAAGAGGCUCUGAAAUCCAAGAUCAGACCAGAGCACAAAAAGAAAGCCAUGCAAACUGAGAAAGAAGUUGUCAAGGCCAAGGAAGAAAAAGUAGAAGUACCUGAUGUCACCAAAGAUAUUCCAGAAAUAGAGGAGGAAGACAUUCCGUACUUCCAAUGUUUCUUCGUGGAUGAGGAUGAUACUCAGUAUCCGUUCUUCCCCUUUUCACCACCGGUAUUGUGAGCCAAGCCAAACCCUGGAGUCUGAAGUUUGACAGCAUGGCAAAGCCAAUGGAAUAAAGACCUCUGAAGGAUGAGGCACCUGUCGUUCUGAUGCAAGAGGUACAUAAUUGGUCCUAAAAAUCACACCAAGGAGGGCCCAGACAUGAUGAUUUAAGUUAUUUCCUGGAUGAGCUUUCAAAACAAAACUGGAAAACUUCCUUCUUAAAAAUGUUGUUGGUCUUUAUUGUUAUUUUGGGGUUCAGAGCAUUUAAGUGGACAGCAGUUGCACUAAGUUUUGCUAGAAUGUUUCAUAUUGUCUUAAGGCUAUCUGUCUUUUAAUUGAUACUGUAGAUUUGCCUUUUAUUUCAGGUUUCUGAAUAAUAUAUUUUUAUUUAUGCUUCAUAUAUAUGUAUACAUACACUGGCGGCCAAAAGUUUGGAAUAAUGUACGGAUUUUGCUCUUAUGGAAAGAAAUUGGUACUUUUAUUCACCGAAGUGGCAUUCAACUGAUCACAAUGUAUAGUCAGGACAUUAAUAACGUGAAAAAUUACCAUUACACUUUGAAAAAAAAUUAAACUACUUCAAAGAGUCUCAUCAAAAUAUCCUCCAUGUGCAGCAAUGACAUCUUUGCAGAUCCUUGGCAUUCUAGCUGUCAGUUUGUCCAGAUACUCAGGUGACAUUUCACCCCACACUUCCUGUAGCAUUUGCCAUAGAUGUGGCUGUCUUGUCAGGCACUUCUCACGCACCUUACAGUCUAGCUGAUCCCACAAAAGCUCAAUGGGGUUAAGAUCCAUAACACUCUUUUCCAAUUAUCUGUGUUUCUUUGCCCACUGUAACCUUUUCUUUUUCUGUUUCAAAAGUGGCUUUUUCUUUGCAGUUGCAAUUUCUUUACAUGAAACUGGUGUUGAGCGGGUCGAAUUCAAUGAAGCUGUCAGCUGAGGACAUGUGAAGCAUCUAUUUCUCAAACUUGAGACUCUGAUGUACUUAUCCUCUUGUUUAGUUGUGUCCUUGUUAGAACCAGUUGACCUUUGUCUUUGAAGACUAUAGUGUACACCUUUGUGUGAAAUCUUCAGUUUUUUGGCUAUUUCAAGCAUUGUAUAGCCUUCAUUGCUCAAAACAAUGAUUGACUGACGAGUUUCUAGAGAAAGCUGUUUCUUUUUUGCCAUUUUUGACCUAAUAUUGUCCUUAAGACAUGCCAGUCUAUUGCAUACUGUGGCAACUCAAAAAUAAACAUAAAUGCAAUGUUAAGCUUCAUUUAACGAACCAAAUAGCUUUCAACUGUGUUUGAUAUAAUGGCAAGUGGUUUUCUAGUACCAGAUUAGCAAUUUAGCAUGAUUACUCAAGGAUAAGGUGUUGGGCAGGGGCCUGGGUAGCUCAGCGAGUAUUGACGCUGACUACCACCCCUGGAGUCGCAAGUUUGAAUCCAGGGCGUGCUGAGUGACUUCAGCCAGGUCUCCUAAGCAACCAAAUUGGCCCGGUUGCUAGGGAGGGUAGAGUCACAUGGGGUAACCUCCUCGUGGUCGCUAUAAUGUGUGGUUCUCCGUCUCGGCGGUAAUGUGCUCAACAAGCCAGUGAUAAGAUGUGCGGAUUGAUGGUUUCAGACACGGAGGCAACUGAGAUUCGUCCUCUGCCACCUGGAUUGAGGUGAGUCACUAUGCCACCACGAGGACUUAAAGCGCAUUGGGAAUUGUGCAUUCCAAAUUGGGGAGAAAAAGGGAGGGGAAAAAAUAGGAUAAGGUGUUGGAGUGAUGGCAGCUGGAAAUGGGGCCUGUCUAGAUUUGAUCAAAAAUGACUUUUUUCAAAUAGUGAUGGUGCUGUUUUUUUACAUCAGUAAUGUCCUGACUAUACUUUGUGAUCAGUUGAAUGCCACUUUGGUGAAUUAAAAUACCAAUUUCCUUCUGAAACAGCAAAAUCUGUACAUUAUUCCAAACUUUUGGCCGCCAGUGUAUACGUCAAAGAAGGAACAUGAGUACAGUUUUUCCCAGACAGCACUGACAGAGAGUAACAAAACAAUUCCUGAUCAUUGCAGUGGGAUUAAAGAUAAUAUACUAAGAUUAUACAAUCAUAUGCUAUCCAUGAAAUAUUUUUACCUCAUUUUGAUGGGGUGCCAAUUCAGAGCAUUCCUCUCUUUUCUGUCAGAAUUGGGUUUGAAAGUUUGUUUGUUUUGACUUACAAAACUGGAAUGGAACUUACUGAGGAUAUAAUUGAUCAAGUAAUAAAUAAAUGAAUAUUUUAUUUAUCUUUUUUUGGUAGUACCGUUUACAGAACAGUUUACAGAACUAACAGAACUGCUUUAAGGGCUUAGAAAGGCAAGCCCAGUUCCUCAGUUUUUUUUUAUUUAUUUACAUUUUACAAAUGUAAAUGGUUUGGUAAGAUGCCAAACAAUGUUAUUAUAAAUCUAUACUUCACAGAGGAAACACAAGUAUGUUUUGUUCAGUGCUCUCCAUAAAAGGAGACGCUGGAUUUUGAAUAGAAAAAUAGAACUUACUUCUUGGUGUUAAAUCCAGAGAAAUGCAUUAAAACACAAUGCUGUUAAGAACUGCACUUCUGUGCUAUUUAGAUUUUUUUUGAAUUGAGUGCCAUUGAAAGACACCAGUUAAGGAGGAAACAAAGCUGUUCAAAACACAGACUGUUUUCAUCCAAGCGAAUGUAUUUUUACCUUUAUCAUAUUUACCUUUCGCUGUAUAAUUUUUUAAGGUUUAUUUAACAUUAUACCUAUAGAAAUGUGGAAGUGUUUUUGUGCCAGGCUUUAACAUGGGUGAAACUACAGUACCUGAUGAAGAUGUGCCAGUUAAAUAGCACAUAGACAUUUAUAAGAAUAUUAUGUUAUAAAAUUGUCUAUAAUGCCCAUUUUACUCAUACAGAAGACUUUUCCAUUAUGAGACAAAAUGAUAUGCCAGAUGAAAUGUAUUAUUGUGUGUAAUUUGCUGGGACAUUACCCUUUACCACAGUGUUUCUCAAUCAUGCCCCUAGGGGCUCCCCAGCACUGCACAUUUUGGAUGUCUCCCCCUAGGUAUCACACCUCAUUUGACUCUUAGCUGUGAAGCUCAUUAGUAAAGCACCCCAUUACCUGAAUUUGGUGUGUUAGAUGUAGAAUAGUGAGACACAUAUGCAUUGUUGGCGGCCCCAGGAGCCAUUUUCAUGUAUUUUCUGCAGAAGGAGUUAUGCUAUACCAAUACUGAUUAUUAUUAUUUUUUAUUUUUUAUUUUUAUUUUUGACAUUUUAAAAAUAGUUCACCUUGAUAUAUUGUAUGCUUAUUGUGGUGUUUUUAUUCAGCCUGUGCAUGCUUCACAUUCUGAUGUAAAUCUAGUCAAUACAAAAAUGAAUAACUCCACAAAUAGCUUAUUUUUAAUAGGAUUUUGUGAUUGGAAUUAUUUGUUAGAUUUGCAUAGCAUUAAGUUAUACGUAAGCCUACAGUAAAUAUCCUGCUCAUAAUUUUGGCACGGUUCAAAGUUAAUAUUCGAAGGAUAUGUACCCAAAAAGUGUGGAUUUUGUGUUUUAAAAGUGUAUGUAUACCAGACUGGGAUAACAAAACUGUCUAAGGUCCAUAUUUAAUUGGAAUAAGAUAAUUAUUUGAAAACAAAAUUGUAAAAUAAUAUUAUGUUUGUAGAUCCUUGAAAUGCAAAGAAAAGGAACUGGCCAAGAUAUGUAGUGGCCUAUUGUACAAUGUUUAAUUUUACAUUCUGUAUUAAAUAUAUAUAAUCAUAAACUGAAAUAAUUUACAAAGCUGUAAGAAAAAAUCAACAUUAUGGUCAAAUAAGAGGCCUUCUAUGUGACUGUAAUGCCAGCUGAACUAUAAUGCAUGCUCAAAUUUAGCUGAGGUUUGAUUGAAAAGUUCAAAUAAAUAAAUGUUUGCAAAAAUCAAAACAA